CGGCGUUCGUUGCUCGGAGACGUGAGCAUCGCGAAGAGCAUGGGCGCGCCGACGCUGUGGGAGCAAGGGUACACCGGGGCUGGGGUGAAGAUGGCCGUCUUCGACACCGGUAUCGCCGAAGAUCAUCCGCACUUUCGGCACAUCGUCGAACGCACGAAUUGGACCAACGAAAACCAACUCCACGACGGGUUGGGACACGGGAGCUUCGUCGCGGGCGUCGUCGCGGGAACGUCGAAACAGUGCGCGGGAUUCGCGCCUGAUGCCCUCAUACACACGUUUCGCGUAUUCACGAACGAUCAAAACUCGUACACGUCGUGGUUUCUCGACGGGUUCAACUACGCCAUCGCCACGGGCGUGCACGUCUUAAAUCUUUCCAUCGGCGGGCCUGAUUACUUGGACCGCCCGUUCACGGACAAGAUCAACGAGAUCACGGCGGCGGGAAUCAUCAUGAUUAGCGCGAUAGGAAACGAUGGGCCGCUGUACGGAACGUUGAACAACCCGGCGGAUAACUUGGACAUCAUCGGCGUGGGCGGCAUCACCGACGCCGACGCCAUCGCGCACUUUAGUUCGCGCGGGAUGACCACGAUGGAGCUACCCAGUGGAUACGGCCGUGUGAAACCCGAUAUCGUGACGUAUGGCGACGGUAUCUGGGGAAGUAAGGUUGGCGAUGGCUGCCGCGCGCUUUCGGGGACGUCCGUCGCGUCGCCCGUCGCCGCGGGCGCGGCGGUGUUGCUCAGCUCCAUCAUACCCGAGAGCGAGCGAUGGUCGGUGUUAAAUCCAGCGGUGAUGAAACAGGCGCUCGUGGAAGGGGCGACGCGAAUACCGUUAGCACAUCGCUACGAGCAGGGGGCGGGGAAGCUGGAUUUGUUGAAAUCGGCGGAGAUUCUGAAGACGUACACGCCGCGCGCCUCGGUGAUUCCGGCGACGUUUGACUUGACGGAGUGCCCGUACGCGUGGCCGCACUGCAAACAAGGAAUCUACGCCACGAUGAUGCCGCUGAUGUUGAACGCGACCAUCGUUAACGGUCUCGGCACGCACGGGGAGAUUGUGAGCGGGCCCGAUUUCAUCCCGAACGACGGCGACUUGGGCGCGCACCUCGACGUUCGCUUUGCGUUUUCGGAGACGCUUUGGCCGUACUCUGGGUUCUUGGCGUUGUACGUGCGAGUCCAGGACGACGCGGCGACCAAGUCUGGCGUCGCGAGUGGGCGCGUGCGAUUCACCGUCGCUUCGUCGGGCGCGCGCGGAGAGACGAAAUUGCGCGUGUCGGAGGUUGAGAUGACGCUCAAGGUCAACGUCGUGCCGACGCCGAGUCGCGACAAGCGAUUGCUGUGGGACCAAUUUCACAACGUGCGGUAUCCACCGGGAUACAUUCCGAGAGAUAACAUCGACAUGAAGCAAGACGUUUUGGAUUGGCACGGCGAUCACCCGCACACGAACUUCCACCAAUGGUACGAUGAUCUGACGCGGGCGGGUUACUUUGUCGAAGUCUUGGGAUCGCCGUUCACGUGCUUUGACGCGAAGAAUUACGGGGCGCUACUGCUCAUCGAUCUCGAAGAGGAGUACGCGAGCGAUGAAAUCGCCAAACUCACUCGAGACGUUCGCGAAGAAGGAUUGGGGCUGGUCGUCUUCGCCGAUUGGUACGAUUUGACGACGAUGGAAAGCCUGAAAUUUUUCGACGACAACACGCACUACGAAUGGCACGCCGCCACGGGUGGAGCCAACGUGCCGGCUUUGAAUGAUCUUUUGAAAGACUUUGGCAUUCAGUUCGGGGGCGAGGUCACGGAAGAUAGCAUCGUUUUCGAUGACGACCAAGUCAUCGUCUCGAGCGGAACCCACAUCACGCGCGCGCCGGCGGGCGCGUAUUUGCACAGCGAACGCAUGACGCAGCGCGGCAAGGCGGAGGGCGAUUACGCAUUUUUAUCGCUCUUUGAGGCGGGUAAAGGAAGAAUCUUCGCGUUCGUCGACUCUAACUGCGUCGACAGCUCGCACAUGCGCGGUCAAUGCUUCGGUUUCGCGCGAAAAGGUGUCGAGUUCGCCGUCGGCGGUUCGUGCGCCGCCGCGCACUGCGACGAUCGAAAGCGUCUCGCCGAAUCGUGGUCGGACUCGAAGCCUCUUCCCUCGCGAAGAACAGACGUGGACUUUUCACGGUUUAGCACCGUUCUCGGAGGACACCCUGGGAACGAAGGUUCGAUGACGUGCGGCCCCAACGCUCCUUUGGACCGUCACGACGCCAAGGCGGCGUACAGCGAUCUUCCGGGGCGAUUGAAAGUGUCCGAGUCGGAGAAGACGUCUUUGAAGACGACCGUUCCACAGCGCCCGAUGAAGGAUUCACGCACGACGCUCGAUGUGAAAACAGAUUACGUCGCGACGGAUCGCGCGGACGACGGGUCGAACGUUCGAUAUUACGUCGUCGCCUUUGGCGUCGUCGCCGCGUUGCUGGCGCCGCGCGCGAGACGGCGCAGGGCGCGACGCGCGCGUCUUCGAGCGAGCGGCGGCGCGUCUUAG